GGAAAAGGAGACGGGUUCCUUUCCAAGCUUUCUGGAUAAAUGCACGUGUGUGUAAUGAUCUUCGCGACCCCAGGACUCGUGGAGAAUGGACUAUUCUGUGAAUGGCACCCUAGCUGAGAAGCACAGCCCCAUAGAUUACGGAGUCCAGAUCCGGUUCAUCGAUGACUUGAAGGAGCCCAGGAAACCCCAAAAAGUCCGCCCCAAGGCAGGCAAGCCGGGUUCCUACGGCGUUGCGGUGCGAGUUCAGGGUAUCGACGGUCAACCUUUCGUGGUCCUGAACAGCGGCGAAAAAGGAGGCGAUUCCUUCGGGGUGCAGAUCAAAGGAGGAAACAAAUAUGAAAGGCCUGCUCAGGGCCAGACUUUUGAGGAGACUUUUCCGGGCUCUCCCAGAGUGGGGUCUUCAUCUAAGGACAUUUCGGGGUCCAUCAGCUCUGAUUCAGAUCUUCCCGAAAAUCCUUACGGGGCAAAACCUUCUCGAUACGGGUCUCACUACAGCACCUCGGAUGAGGAACCGGGUCUCCAACGAGUGCCCCAAGCGGAUAGCUUGGAUGGGAUUCGCGUGUCUCGCACCAACCCUUCCUCUGCUUCCCAUAGCGGCUAUCGGACCCUGCCCCACAAAAAAUCCAUGGGGCAGCAGCACCUGCGGCGCACUCAGUCCCACAGUUCUUUGCUCGAUCCUGAGUCGAGUGACCCUCAAGAGAAGAACCACUCUCGAACUCAUAACUCGGGUUAUAGUUCCCGGACCUCCCCAUCAGGGAUCCCAGAAAGGGGUACCGGGGCACGGAACCCCUCUCCCCCCAGGGUCCCCAACCUCAGGGAACCCACAACCACCAACUUCUCUGGUUUGCGAACGGUUUCCAAGCCUGCGCCCUCGGACACGGACUCGCCUGAGCCGACUCAAGCAAUCCGGACCAACAACGGUGACAUCGACACAAAGCCUCUGUCCUCCGUGGACUCCUUGAUCCACAAAUUUGAUGGAAGGCCCCCCCCGAGGGGCCGAGCCUCCCGCAGGACCCGAGUUUCCCCCGAGAGCCAUCAGCGCUCACGGAGCCUCGAUGCAAGGGGAGCUUACCGCGAUACAGCCGACGGACGAGAACGAGAAAUCGACAGACCUCAUCCGGGACAUUUCAAAGAGGUAGAACAAUCCUUGGCGACUAAGCCACUCGUUUCGGCGAAUGCCCCAGGCAGCCGGGGAGCCGCCGGCAGUCAAGCGAUGAAGGAGAAGGAAGUAGACAAAUCUAAGAUGAUCCAGGAUUGGGUCAACAAGAGUUUGGAGGAGCCCGGGACGGAGAAACAGACGAGAAAACCCCAGUCUGAUUUGCAGCUGAAGUCCACCCCAGAUCUUCUGCGGGAUCAGCAGGAAGUGGCCCAGCCAGGAAGCACUGAAUACACUAAGGAACUCAUCUACAGCAUCUUGAAGGACAGGAGCACCGAAAGUGACGCCACGGCGAAACGGAAAACCAACCUGGUCUUUGAGAAAAUCCAGGCGUUCGCGGCCAUCCCUUCAUCAGAGCUAAGAGGGUCCAGUACAGAGAUGACCGAACCGAAGACGAAGGUGGACGAGCCGGACAGCCGAACCAAGGGGUCCCGGAGUCUUCCUCGCCACCUGCAAAUCCGGCUGGAGGAACUGGAGGAAGAAUGCCGGCGGCUCCGUGAAGCCUUUGAGAAAAAGAGCCAGGAGCUCCAGAGCACGGGGAAAGAGUUGAGAGACGUCCGUGCGGUCAAGGAGCAGCUGGAAGCCAAGCUGACCGACCUCGAAGACCAACUGACCGAGAUGCAGAAGGCGCUGGACCGCUUUCAAGAGCUCUCGGGCAGCCCAGAUCAGGACGCCUUGCUAAAGGAGCUGCUGGAGACCCGGGAAGACUUGGAGGCAAUCUUGACCGCCAAGCAGAAGCAGGAAGACCAGCUGCGCCAGAGGGAACGCGAGUUGACAGCUCUGAAGGGGGCCCUGAAGGAGGAGGUGGCCAGCCAUGACCAGGAGCUGGAUCGGGUCCGGCAACAGUACCAGCAGGACAUGGAGCAGUUGAGACGCAACAUGGAUGACGUGUCUCAGGACCAAGCCAGCCUGGAGGCCGAGAGGCAGAAGGUCAACUCCCUGGUGAGGACCCUCCAGACGGAGCUUCAAGAGAGCCAAGAGGAGGCCGCUCACUGGAAGGAGGUGUCCCAACGAAACAAAGAGGAGCUCCGUAGUGUCAAACAAGAGCUGAUGCAGGUCAAGGUGGAACGGGAGGAGUUUGAGGAAGACCUGAAGGAAAGCAGAGAGCGCUCUGCAGCCCUGCGGAAGGAGAUGGACCAGAUCCGGAGCUGUUCUACGGACGCCGAGGAGCUCCACGAGAUCAGAAAGGAACUCCGUCAGGCUCGGGAACAGCUGCAGGACAUGGUGGAGGAGAAGGAGGACCAACACAAGGUCCUACGCCUGCGGGAGAGUGAGAUAUUUGACCUGAAGGAAAAACUCAAGGAUGAGGUGGCUUCCCGUAGCCAGGACCUUCAGGGACUAAACUUGAGGUUCCAAGAGAAGAUGCAGCAGCUCCAGAAGGACUACGAGGAAGCAUUUAAGACCAAGGCGGCCUUGGAAGGCGAGAAAGGGGCCAUUGAGCAAUCAAGGAAACUGGUGGAGUCCACCCUGCGGGAAACCCAGGAAGAGAACGACGACCUUCGACGCAAGAUCUUGGGGUUGGAGACUCAACUCAAGGAAUACCACCAUUUUGCUGACAGCUGGCAAGACGUGGAGACCAGGCUGAAGGAGAAGAUAUUCAAGUUGGAGGCCGACCGCAAGCAGAUGGAAGAGUCCGUGAACAACGCCGUGGACCAAGAACAGGACUUGUUGCUGGCCAAUAGGUCCCUGGAAAGUCGUCUGGAAGAAGCUCAACGCAACCUCAACAGACUCACCGUGGAGCACCAGGACCUGAGUACCUCCUACCAGGAGGAGCUGAAGCAGAAGGAGGCGCUCAGGAGGGCCAAAAACGAACUGGAGGAGGAGAAAAGGUUGCUAGACAGAAGCAUCGUGAAGCUGACCAAGGAGCUGAAGCAGAUGGCCGAAGAGUCUCGCCAGGGCCUCUCGGACCUGCAGCGCCAGCUGGAGGAGUACAAGGAGAAGUCGCGGAAGGAGAUCAGUGACUCCCAGAAACAGGCGAAGGACCGGAACGGGGAAGUGGAGAAGAUGCAGUACGAGUUGGGAAGAUGCCAAGACGAGGUGCUGCGUCUCAAACAGGCCCUGCAGGACAGCCAGGCCGAGCGUGAGAACGCCCUCCUGGACAAGGAGCUCCUGGCCCAGCGGCUCCGCAACCUGGAGCAGGAGAUGGAGACCAAGCGGCGAUCCCAGGACGAUCGAUCCCGCCAGGUCAAAGCGUUGGAGGAUAAAUCCAAGCGCCUGGAAGUGGAGCUGGAUGAGGAACGCAACGCGGCGGAGCUUUUGACCGAGAGGAUCAACCGAUCCAGAGAUCAGAUCGACCAGCUACGAGCCGAGUUGCUGCAGGAACGGUCCGUCCGCCAAGACCUGGAGUGCGAUAAAGUUGCUUUGGAACGACAGAACAAGGACCUCAAAAGCCGCCUGACCAGCAACGAAGGGCUGCAGAAAUCCAGCGCCAACGUCUCCCAGUUGGAGUCGCGGAUCCAAGAACUCCAGGAGAAGCUCCUGGUGGAAGAGAGGGAGAAAACCGUCCUGCUCUCCUCCAACCGGAAGCUGGAGAGGAAGAUGAAGGAGGUGAGCAUCCAGAUUGACGAAGAGAGGCAGCACGUCAACGACCAGAAGGACCAGCUGAGCCUGCGGGUCAAGGCGCUGAAGCGGCAGGUGGACGAGGCAGAAGAGGAGAUCGAGCGGCUGGAGGCGGCCCGUAAGAAGGCCCUGAGGGAGCUGGAGGAGCAGCACGAGACCAACGAGCAGCUCCAGAGCCGGGUCAAAGCCCUGGAGAAGGACCUCUGGCGCAAGGCAGCGCGGUCAACGGCCGAGUCCUCUCUCCGGGACGACCAGCUGAGUUCGGAUGAAGAAUUCGACAGCGCUUAUGGCCCGUCCUCCAUUGCGUCGCUUCUGACGGAAGGAAACCUCCAAACCAGCUCCUGUUAAGGCCCCUCUUGGGGUUUGUUUGGAUGCUCUUUGCAAAACCCACGGUGGGGCGGGGUCCCUGGCCCACAGGGAGAGAGAAGAUUUCUUCCCCAAUGGGGUCACCAAAGCAACCCACUUCUUGAUUUAAAAAAAAAAAAAAAACCAAAAUUGGAGGAAAGGUUUUUAUUUUGGGGUUGCUACGGGAUGGAAAACCAGAGGUCCAGUCCGUAAAAGAAAAAAAAUGGAGUAUUAUUUAGGUUUGUUUGCAUUUUUAAAAUCCGGUUCUCAGGGCAUUGAUGAGCGGUGAAAUAACAGAGCCUCCUUUUAAAUAUGUAUAUUUUUUUGUACAUACAUGUACGUGGUUGCAUGGAGAUGGCGACAGUGUGCAAUUAUAUUGCAGAACAAUCCAGAAUGGUGGAAAUCGUUGCAUGGAAUUGAAACCAAUGGGGGUUUUUCUUCAUCCUGGCCUCUCUGGGAGCCCCUCUGGGAGAAAUAGUUGCAGUUUCCCCAACUGAAUCUCUCCUGCAUUGGCUUGGCUGUUGACCCCCCCCCUCCCCCAGAAAUCUCAACCAGAAGUGGCCUUCCAGGUGUGUCUGAAUCCCCAAACUCUCUUCAGACCACUGGCUGGAGAUCUGGUGGCAGGUAGUUCCAUAGGAUCCGGAAGAUGGCUGCCCCUCUCCGACUUUUCCCCGCUCUGUUUUCCUCAUUUUAAAGGAGUGCCUUUCUGACUUUCUCCCCCAGAAGCAAAAAGAUCAUUUUGAGUGGACAACUAGAGGCCACGUAGACCAUCCCACUUUUGGCACCCUCCCCCCUCCAGGAGGGUGAUUCCUGAUGCUUUCCUCCCGUUAAACCAGCCAGGAUUGGGUCGAGGAUUAUGGAGAGUUGCCAAAACCAUAGCUGGUUAGUCCUCUGUCCGUUUCACACUCAUAUCGGUGACAAGAAGCGAAUUUAUGGGAAAAAAAACCAACCAACCAACCCAGAUUUAAUCUGCAGUGUGUUCGUCUUUCUGACUAUUCUACAGACAGCACCCCUUGUUUUUGUGAUUGGAAAACGGGUCCGGUUCAAGUAAUCUCCAUGAAAUCACCGUCCUUUGCGCUCCUUUACAAGAUGUCGGUCAAAAGAAGACCCCGGUUUACAACGGGCCCAUAAAAAAAAAAACCUUUCCACAACCUUGAUAUUUGGGGACCGAGAAGUCCCUUCGUCCGUCAGUGCCUCCAAGCCCAGAGGCGGAUGGGACUCGGAACCACCACCUGGUGGGCACCUGGUUGCAGAAGACAAACUUCCUCUGAAGGCAGGUGGGCAGGUGGUCUCAUUUCCCCCUGUUAGAAGGAAACACAACUCGGUACUCGGUAAACACAACAGUCGAAACUCGGUAACCUGGCCAAGAAGGGGAACAAAAACAGAAGGAAAAUAAUAAUGAUAAUAAUCACCCCCUUUUUAACAAUUCUCUCCUUUAACUGCAUCAAACCUGUCCUCCUCAUAGCAUCUCUUUGGGAGGCAGGACUGCAGUUUGGACGCUAAAUCGGCAGUUUUUAAAAGCCGCCUUCUCUCCCGUUUUAAGAGCGACGCGGCUGCAGCAAAUGACAUUUCUGUUUUUCCAGUCCCGGCUUGUGUUUUCACGCCAGAAGAGGUGAACCCAUCAGCCUCGGCGCGUCGACAGCUCCUUGGCAUCCCAGCGUGAUCCGGAUUCCUGUCUGG